AUGGAUAGGAUAGCUCGUUGGAGUAGAGGAGUUGACACUACUUGCGUUCUGUGCAAGAAUGUUCCGGAAAACAGAGAACAUCUGUUUUUUGAGUGUUCAUAUUCUCUGCAAUUAUGGAAGAGUCUUGCUAAGGGGAUUAUGGGUAGCUCGCUCACAAACUCUUGGUUAGAUAUAGUAAGUAUGGCUACUGAUGGAGUAAUGGAGAGAAGAAAGAGAUUCUGUUUUCGUUACGCUUUUCAUGCUGCCAUGUACUCUCUGUGGCGUGAAAGAAAUAGAGUCAAACAUGGAGAAAGAUUGACUCCGGUGAUAGUGUUAAAGAAGCUGGUUAAUAAAGAGGUUAGUAAUAAAUUGAGCUUGUUGAGACAUAAGGGUGUGAAGGAGAUGCAGGAUACCAUUCAGGUGUGGUUCAGCACUCGUGGCUGA